AUGGGUUCCUUUCAAAAGUACAAAAAUCCUGAGGAUUACCUAACCAACAUUAAGAAGAGUCUGGGUGUAUUUCUCUGGGAAGCAGGCCUUUCUGUCUUGUUCUGUGCCAUUUUCAGGCAGGAGUUAAUUGGCAAAUUUAUUUUUGUUACCCCUGCAGGCACUACCAAGUCUGAAGACCGUGCUGCUUUGCUGAAGAAAUUCAAUGAACCUGGGUCCCAAUAUUUCAUUUUCUUGUUAAGCACGAGAGCUGGAGGCCUGGGCUUAAAUCUUCAGGCAGCUGAUACAGUGGUCAUCUUUGACAGCGACUGGAAUCCUCAUCAGGAUCUGCAGGCACAAGACCGAGCUCACCGCAUCGGUCAACAGAACGAGGUCCGGGUGCUGAGACUCUGCACUGUGAACAGCGUGGAGGAGAAGAUUCUCGCAGCCGCAAAAUACAAGCUGAAUGUGGAUCAGAAAGUGAUCCAGGCGGGCAUGUUUGAUCAGAAGUCUUCGAGCCACGAGCGGAGGGCAUUUCUGCAGGCCAUACUGGAGCACGAAGAGGAAAAUGAGGAAGAAGACGAAGUACCAGAUGAUGAGACUCUGAACCAAAUGAUUGCUCGACGAGAAGAAGAAUUUGAUCUUUUUAUGCGCAUGGACAUGGACCGGCGGAGGGAAGAUGCCCGGAACCCAAAGCGCAAGCCCCGCUUAAUGGAGGAAGAUGAGCUGCCCUCCUGGAUUAUUAAGGAUGAUGCCGAAGUAGAAAGGCUGACGUGUGAAGAGGAGGAAGAGAAAAUAUUUGGUAGGGGGUCUCGCCAGCGCCGUGAUGUGGACUACAGCGACGCCCUCACAGAGAAGCAGUGGCUAAGGGCCAUUGAAGACGGCAAUUUGGAAGAAAUGGAAGAGGAAGUACGGCUUAAGAAGCGAAAAAGACGAAGAAAUGUGGAUAAAGAUCCUGCGAAAGAAGAUGUGGAAAAAGCUAAGAAGAGAAGAGGCCGCCCUCCAGCUGAGAAACUGUCACCAAAUCCCCCCAAACUGACAAAGCAGAUGAAUGCCAUUAUCGAUACUGUAAUCAACUACAAGGACAGGUGUAACGUGGAGAAGGUGCCCAGUAAUUCUCAGUUGGAAAUAGAAGGAAACAGUUCAGGACGGCAGCUCAGUGAAGUCUUCAUCCAGUUACCUUCAAGAAAAGAAUUGCCGGAAUACUAUGAGUUAAUUAGGAAGCCAGUGGAUUUCAAAAAAAUAAAGGAAAGAAUCCGUAAUCAUAAAUACCGGAGCCUGGGUGACCUGGAAAAAGAUGUCAUGCUUCUCUGUCACAAUGCUCAGACGUUCAACCUAGAGGGAUCCCAGAUCUAUGAAGACUCUAUCGUCUUACAGUCAGUGUUUAAGAGUGCUCGGCAGAAAAUUGCCAAAGAGGAAGAGAGUGAGGAUGAAAGCAAUGAAGAGGAGGAGGAGGAAGAUGAAGAGGAGUCUGAGUCCGAGGGUAAGCCCAGGCAUCUGUGCCUCCACUCCUUUCCCCUUCUCACCUGCAUAGAUAUUUCCACAGAUGCUAAUGGAGGAGACUUUAGAGUUGAGCAGGUCUGGAUUCGAGUCCUNAUAUUUCCACAGAUGCUAAUGGAGGAGACUUUAGAGUUGAGCAGGUCUGGAUUCGAGUCCUUAGUCUACUUUGUCCUUGCUGGGCAACCUGGGGCCAUGUACCUACCUCUGCUCAUGCUCAGCUUCCUCAUCUGUAACACUAAGGAACAGUCAGAAGCAAGUGGGACUGACGAUGAGUGA